AUGGCGCCCAAUACAUACCUGCUGCCUGACCCGCGGCUAGGCAAUAAGACAGCCUGCUAUGACCGCAGCGAGAUCGUUUCAAAUUUGGAAGCCUUCUACGCCUUCCUUCCUCAUGUUCCAUCCUCAGCCGUUUGUCGCGCACCUCCAGGCGGUUGGCCUUCAAUCACAGCCGAGAUUCUUCGAGAGCAUGGAAUUCACAAGACCACCGCAGUUGUGGAUCUCCUCCGCCAUCUCCCUUAUAUUGAUGGCAUCCACCCCUGGAUCGCGCCCGAGGCUUUCCCUUGCGACUAUCGUAUUCUGGGACACGAGUUUGGCCGCGAAACCCCUGGCUGGGUGUCCGAUGUGCAGCAUGGUGAGGGGAAUGUCAGGCUGCCUGACGGGUCCCCCGGCGGCACGGAGAAGUGGCCUCCCUGGGUCGUGCAAUUAACAACGGGCACGGAUCGCGAGGGCAGUUGUUAUAUGCUCGAUACGACGGACGGCACGGUCACGCAGUAUUGCGUCGUAGGGUAUUUGUACGAGCCAACAUAUGAUAAGGAAGAUCCACGGGCUUGGCGGGAUCGUAUCUGUGGGGCGGAUACAGCGACGCUGACUGAUCAAGUCAAGUAUUGGCGGAGAGAGUAUCGCGAAAUGCGGCUACUCGGGGUUCCGGAUGGAGGCGAUGGAAAUGGGUAUCCAAGUUUGUACUUUCGGGAUGAGGGAGAUGGGCCGGGCAGUUAUGGCUGGGAGGAGACCGAGGCAAGUGGAUAUACAGCAUUGAACACAUGUUUGACCCAAAUAUUCAUUCGGUGA